AUGGAGAAAAAACAGCCAUCGAACUACUUUUUGAGGCUUCUCCAGGGCUUAUCAAACAAGAGUUCCAACAUAAGAUACACCAGCAAGUUUGCUUUGAGGAAAAUCUGCUCUAAUAAUCCUUCGAUUUUUUUCACCGAAUUUAACUAUUACAUUAAAGACGUGAAAACACUCGAGCCGAAACCUCUGACCGAAUUUGCUAAUGCUUUGACUGCAGUAUCUCCAAGUGAUGAUACUUAUUUAUCUCAAUUGCAUUCAAUCAUGGUUAACAUAGAAAAUAUCUGCAAUUCACAAGACGUAAUCUCAUCAACAAGUGAAAUUAUCGAUGUUGCAACGAAUUUCUUUAACUUAAAACCUGCAUUACUUCCAAUAUUAUCAAAUCCAUCGAAAAAUUUACAAGUUUUAACAACAUUAGCAGUUUCUCAAAUGAUUACUUUAGGAAAUGAAAAUCAAGCUAAGAAAUUUUACUCGGUUUUGUUAAGUUCGAAUUGCGAAACAAAUUACCAUAAAUUUGCAAGAGCCAGACUCAUUGCUGCAAUGUGUAUGCAUCCAGAAUUAAUACCACAAGAUCUAAAAGAUUCUAUUCAAAAAUCAUCAGAAUUAAUUAUCGAUUUAUUCUGCGAAAACUGCCAAACAGUAUUUGCCCCAUUUAUUCCAACGAUAAUAAGCUCAUAUCCACCACCGAAAGAUAAACAUUCCGCAAUUUUCAAAAAAUUUGUUGAAUAUAUUUCGAAAUUUUCUAACAUUGCCGUUUAUAUUAUACCAGCAGCUGUUUCUAUAUCAGAUAACAGUGAAGCUGAAUCACUUUCUUUGUCAGAAGCUCUUAUUCCAAUUUUAUCUAUUGUUCCUUUCCAUUUUACUUCGACUUUACCAGAUGAUGCUGCUGUUAAUGGUUUUAAUGUUGCCGUCAGAGCAAUUUCUACGUUCAUUACUCCAGAAACUUCGCAAAGAAUUACGAAAUUUUUAAUAAAUUCAGCAAUUAACGGCGAGCUUGAGCAACGUCUUGGCUUCCAUUACGCUUUAACAUGUCUCGUGAAACUAAACGCAGAACUCGAUUACCAAGAGAUAAAACAGUGUUUUCACAGAGUUUUCACUCCCCUUGAAGCAGGGACAUUGGCCGAACUUGCAUUAGCUCUUCUUGCAGGUGGCCAUCAUAUAAUGUCAUGGACAGACAUGGUUAUGUUGUUUGAAGACUGUUUUUCCGCAUCAAAUACGAUAUCUGAACAAUUUGUCAUAGACGCUUCAGCAUUAUUGGGAAAACAUAUUGAUGCGCCUGUUUCUGAUGUCCUUACGUUCUUUUCUCAUUGCGUUUACGAAAGAUUCAAAUUUGCUCAAGUUCAUUUCUCAAUUUUGAAUACUUUCUUUAAUAAAAACAGCGUAAAAUUAUCAGAUUUCCCACCUCUGCUCACAAUGCACAUGCUUUUGUUCAUCCAAUACUAUCCAGAUUUAUCUCAGAAACAAUUAAAGGACAUUUGUCCAUUGGUUGGUGAUGUUAGCUCAUUUUUGACAUCAAUUGAUCCGAACCAACACUCAAUUGCCUUGAGAUCGAUGCUGAAACGUUUUGGAAAUAAUGAACAGUGCAGAAACAUCAUAUUUGACUUCAUUAACCAGCUAACAUGGCGCUGCUCGAAACAAGAAGCAUCAAACAACGUCAUAAAAGUCAUGAAUAUCAUUGGAAACAACGCAGAAAAAAUGUCAGAGGUAAUUUCUUCACUUUAUGCGGCUUUUGCAUAUGUAGAUGUACAUUUAGCAACACAGUCAUUACAAACAUAUACAACAAACCAGAGUAGAGGCUGGUUUUUGUUCUCAUCAAGCACAAAAACAAAUUCUUCUAUUAGAUUGGUCUUUUUAACACUCUCUAAGCUAAAAAGACAUGUCACACCUUUCAUUCAAUUCGCGACAGAGCAUCUUCCUGAUCCUUCAAAUGUAGAACAAUGUACUGAAAUUAUUUCAAUACUCGCGAAAGUUCUCAAAAAUAGUCAGGAAAUUCAAUCCGAGUUCCCUCCGAAAUGUUGUUUGUUUGACUUUGUAAUGAGUCUUAAAUACAUGUCCAAUGAUGAUAUAUACCGUUGCAUUGGCGAAUUAAUAACAAUUUCACCAAUCUGGCAAAUUGAGCAUAUUCCGUUUGCUACAGGCAUAAUACUGAAUGCAAAGGAAAUAACAAAUGAUUUGCUAUUCAUGCUGAAGAGAACUUUGAUGAUUGCAGAAACUCCAAGCGAUAUCCAAUUAUUAAUCGAACCAUUUGUCCAGAAAACAACAGAUUCUAUCUAUUUCCAGUUAUUACUGUCAAUAUUAGAAGCUUUGACAGGCGAUGAGCACACAAAUCCUGAUUUUCCAACAUUAAAUUAUAAUUGUUCAUCAAAACUCGAUAAUAUCAACGGAGGAUUUGACAGAUUCUUAUCUCUGAUUGCCAAGAUUGUUGGUUAUUACAUUCCUAUCUUCGAAAAGUCACAUAUCGCGAUAGAAUACAUUUUAAGGAUCAUGGGACGCCUAACAAAGAAGAUAGAAGUCAGAACACACCUUCCUUUGCAAGAAGCCGUUCAUUGUGUGGCUGUUUCAUUCAAUUCUCAGUGUAUUUUAGAUGCUGCCACGCUUUUCUGCGAAAACUUCACUAUUGCAUCGAUCACUGCCUUCCUUAUAUUAUUUAAAGAGAGAGAAAACGAGCUUUUGGAGUGUGCUCAAACAUUUAUUAUCAAAAUUUUCCAAGAGAGGCCAGAUUCCGCCGCAUUAGUGUUUGAUUCCAGCGAAACAUUAGCGAAAGCUGCUACAGCGCUAUUAGAAAUCAACCAUCUCUCACUUCUCCAAAAUGUUCUCAAAAAAUCUACAUUUAAUAAGCAGAUUAUUGAGACACUUUUGGAAUAUGUCCUGACCAAACACGAAAUGAUCGUGAAAUUAUGCGAAGAAACCGAUAUAACCAAAGAUUUAAUCGAUAUCAAACGUCCAGAAGUCCAAUACGCCUUCGUAAUGCAUAACGAGAACUACGAGAUCGAUGUUGAUACAUGGGAUACUUCAAAGUCAAUGAAAUUCAUCGAAUUGAUUAAGUCUUCUCUUGAAAAAGUGACAGAUGACAUAAAAAUCAGGUUUGCAAAGCAGACAGCACGAAUCCGCGACGAAGAAGUUGUUCCUUUAUGUGUAGCCAUAUUCGAACCAUACUUUAAAGGCGAAAAUCUCUCAGAAGUCAUGCCAUAUUUAGAUCCAUUUGCUCGUUCUACGUCAAUGAUACCAUUUAUCACAAAAUCAUUACCAGAUGGCAAGAUAUAUAGGGCUGCUCUGACUAUUUGCCUUUCAAAACCUACAACUCUCCCUUUAAUUUUUAAUCAGAUUCCGAAAGUUCUUGAAUGGAUACUCAAACACCAAAAAAUCGUCAAAGUACUAAGAAAACAAAAGGAUGUAGCGAUGCUUAAACCAUAUCUACCUGUUAUUGUCGCUAAUUCUUUGACACAAGACCAGUUAUUACAGAAAGAGAUUGUUUAUCUCAUUCACGAAAUAACUGGCUUCAAUUGUCCACCUCCUACAUCAUUCGUUGGCUUGUUUGAGAUCUGCGAAUCAGUUAAAUUCUGUGAUCCUGAUCCAGAAUGCGUUGUUUCGCUCAUGAAGAGAUCCAGACAAGGUGACUUCGCCGCAUUGAUUGUUAUCUGCUUCAUAGCACAUAAAUCUCUGCUUGAAAAAGAGAAUUACAACGAAGCUCAGACUAUUGCAAACUCAUUGUUAGAAAAAGAUUCCGAAGAAGCACAAACAGCAGCUUUCCUAUGUUUGUCUUGUUUUCCAAUACAAAAUUUAUAA